AUGGUACAAGCCUUAUCAUCUACAGAUAUUCAGUCUAUACGAAAUGCGGCACAUUUUUUAAACUCAACCUUGACCUCACGUACUUAUAUUGAUCACAAGUUAUUAUUCAAUUGUAUAAAUUGGAAAACAUUGAUAUCAGAUCAAGUGGAAACAAACCCCCAUUUAAAAGAUUUAAUACUUACUGAGAAGAUAUAUCAUAACGACAAAAACAUCAUUAAUUUAAUACAUGGAUUGGUUAGUAUGAUAGAUAAGCAACGAUCUCAACAGAAAGUAUAUAAUGAAACACUUCUUGCUAAAGAUCAAAAGAUUCACGCAUUAGAGAAACAAGUUUCCGAAUUGAACAAGAAAUUAAAUGAAGCAAAUCGUGGGAAAAGUAAUAAAUUGAUUAAAUAUAAUACUUUACAAAACAAAAUCACUGAUUUAACCAAACAGAAUAAAAUAUAUGUUGAAGAUUUAACAAAAGUGAAAAACUGGAGUUUGGAUACCAAACAUAAAUACAAGAUUGAAAUCAAAAGGAAAAAUUUACAAAUUGAAAAUCUACAAAAUAAACUUAUUGAAAGAUCAAGAAAAAUUCCUAGUGGAAUUGAAUUUGGAUUUAGUGGUAAUUCUGCAGGAAACGUUGAUGGGUUGAUUGUGCUGAAUAAUAACCCCAUAAUUGAAAAUUCUACAGGGAUAACUAUAAAUAAUCCGAAUUUAGUGAUUGAUUUUGAUAUUAAUAACGAAUUAAAACAAGAUUCAAAUCAAUUGGUCAAUAUUAUUGAAAGUAUAACUAAAGAAAAUUAUAAGUUUACAAAAUUCCUAGGGAAUUUUAAACAAUUUUUCCAUGAACUAAAUACAUCUUUGAGUAAUAUUAAAUUCAAAAAUACUGCCAUGGAAAAACUCCCAAACCCAACAAGUGUAAUUAAUCUUCAAGAAAUUAUGGUUGAUCCUGAAACAGUCAGACAAUAUUUCAAUGAAAUCGAACCAAGUGAGAAUAUUGCUACAAAUGUUCUAGGUGAGUGUCAUAAGCUUUAUCAUAAUCUUGAAUAUUUGAUUGACGCUAUAGACCAGAAAAGUGACAUAAACAAUGAAUCAACAAUAGCAAAGUUGAAAACAGAUUUAGAAACCAUGAAAUCAAAUUGGCAAGAUGCUUUGAAAACAACAGAAGAUUGGAAAAAUAUAGCACAAAAGAAACAUCUGCCAGAAACAUAA